UGCUUUCUGAACUGAACGUCGUUCAUACAAUGAAGGGAACAGAUCGCGCGUGAGGUGGCGAGGAUACAGAUGCAACAGUAUAUUACACUUUAAUUCAGCAUCGUGAUCAAGAAAGACAUUAUUUUCUAUUCGCUAGUAUUGCGGUGCUCCGUACAUGCUUUGGUUUAAUCUGUGUGAAGCAUUCAUAGGCUGCGUGCAGGUCUAUCUGUAGAGAUGUAUGGGAUCUAAAUUUGCGGCAAUGAGGAAAAAGCACGCCUGCGGGAGGACAGCAAAGUGAGUCGAUCUGUGCGUUUUUAGAGCAAUCUGAGAAACACUGACAUUGAAGUCGCAUGGGGCUAUUUUGUUCUCUGCGAGCGGCUCCAGUUCUCCUCCUGCACUUUUCUCUUGUUUUCACCACUUCAGAUUUAAUCAAGGCUGGCAAAAAUUACACCACUGCAUAUGAGAAAAUCACCCUUCUUUGCAAAAAGGAGAAGGUCAAACUUGCAAGCUGCUUAGUGAACCGUUUAAGAUGUUACUAUAGAAAGGACUGUGGCAGGGAGUACAUGUUGAUGAAACUGAUUUGUUCAGUGAGCUCAAACCAGAGCAGUCAUGCUCAUGAGUACCCAGACUGCCAAGAAGGGGGCAAUGAAGCCAGCCUGCUGGUGUCCCCUCUGGUGGUGGCCGGCAUUGUCAUCGGCCUGGUGCUCUUCCUUUCCUGCGUCACCAUCAUUGUGGGCAGUCUGCGCAAAGACAGCCGACUGCGCAACCCCCACCUGCGAGCCAGCUACGCUCCAGAUGGCCUCUCAUAUGGUGGCUCCAUUGGAGAGCUGAGGUCCACUUGCAUUGAAGACUUUCCCCCUGCAUUCGAUUUUGAUUCCUACAUGGAAACGCUGUCUCAAGUCAACGUGUACUCAGACUCCCCACCACAUUAUGAAGAAUGUGUGGGACCAGGGACACAGUUAUAUGUUCCUAUGGAUGAUCCGCCCGCUUACUCCCUCACAGACCCGUGCCGGGAGCAGCCGGCCCCACACAACUACAGAGAGAUGGAGGAUCUGCCUUCUGGUGCUUCCUGGGUGUCAGCAAGUUGCUCUUCCCGAUAUUCAACCAGACUGCAGGACUUGAGGCACCAGCCAAUCGCUUCAAUCUCUUUGUUAGCCUUACCUUUAGAAGAGGCGCCCCCAUAUGAGGCAGUAGUGAGUGAACAAAACCAGCCCCUUCCUCUGAUGCCCCUGGAUCUCCUCAAACACACUGCAGAGGACUGCAGUCCCCAGGACACUGUUACCCACAGGAUCUUGUAAUCCCUGCCUCCCCAGCACAAACAUGCAUUACCUGUGCCAAACCAGCUUUGAGAGGGACAACUUUGUUUGGCUAGGGUCUCCCUGGACAAUGUAGACUCCAUGGAAAAGACUAAGUGCCCAUAGCUGAAACCGACACCUGCAGAACCCCACAAUUACCUCUGAUAUCAACCAACAUCAGACACUGUAUUUCCUGUUUUAUCUAACACAAGGGGGGCCACCAUGAGAGCACACCGCUGUGGGCCACUAUGUUUAGAGAUUUUUUGUGGGUCUUCACUUUACUUUGUUUUUUGCUUAUGGAGUGAUUAGAUGUCGGUGUCUUGAUUCUUCUCUUACAGGUAGACUUAUAGAUGAUUUCACUGUUUCUGUUGCACUAGAGCUAAUUUCAACAAUUAAAAUUUUGCAGAGCAAGCCAUCUGACUGAGACUUAAUCAAUUAAAUUAAAAUCAAUUAAUAAUAGUGAAUUUUGCAUUAAUAACAUUUUAUUCAUUUACAUUUUAGGUGUAAAAUUAUACCUUUCUCUUCUUUUUGAUGAGAAAGAGUGUGCAUGUACGUAGGCGUAUGUUCAUGUGUGUUUCUACGUGAUUUUUGUUAUUUAUUGCAAGCCAUUUAAUUUUAAUAUUUAACCUUUUUUUUAGGGUUGAUUUUAACUAUUAACUUUUUUUAAAAUCAUAAAACUUUUUUAAGAUAAUAUUUUGUAAAUUUCAUAAUUACCUAGCAAAGAAGAGAAAUUUGAAUGUCCUCAGAAGAUCUGUAUGCUUUUAAUCCAUCCUUUUAGUAAACAUAAUUUAAUUUAUUUACACCUUAACAUCUAGAGCACUGUGAUUUCUUGGUAAAACUUUACAAUAUGGUUGUAUUCAUUAACAUUAGUUCCCUUUCAAAUUGGUCACUUCGACGCUGCAUCAGUACCUGAUGCUGUGGGAGCUCCUCUUAGGUGUACUGAUCUCUGAAAACCUAUUCAAUCAUGCCAAUUACAUAUUGGCAGGUGGCCCUUGUUAUUCCCCCCUUAUACAUGCGUAUUGCAUUCAGCUACUGACGGAGCAUCGAUGCGACCGACUUGAAAGUGAAAGUCUUGGUUACUGAUGUAACCUUGGUUCUCUGAAAGAAGGGAACUUUGCAGGAACAAUGCAGAGAACAAUGCUCGUAGCUUUGCCGCACUACUGAUUUCUCAGUGUUAAGGGAUGCUCUCUCCUCCCUUUCUUCUCCCUUCAGUUGAAAUAUUCUGAUGAUGUGGCAUUGUGCACAGGAUAUAUAUGGUGGUGGCGUAGUGGACUAAAGCACUGAACUGGUAAGCAAAAGGUUGUUGGUUCAGUCCCCACAGCCACCACCAUUGUGUCCUUGAGCACGGCACUUAACUCCAGGUUGCUCCAGGGGGAUUGUCCCUGUAAUAAGGCCUGUAAGUCGCUUUGGAUAAAAGCGUCUGCCAAAUGCAUAAAUGUAAAUGCAAUACAUAUGCAUAAAAAUGGAGCAACAAGGGCCACCUUAUAUGUAAUUGGAGUGACUGAAUAGGGUUUCAGUGAUUGGUACUUCUGAGCAGUGCUCCCACAGCAUUAGCUAUUGACUCAGCGUCUCAUUCCCUCCUUUCAGGGAACCAAGGUUACAUCACUAACCAAGAUGUCAACUACAUCAGUUAACAUGAACUAACAAUGCACAAUUCUUUUACAGCAUUUAUUAAUCUUGGUUAAUGUUAAUUAUAACAUAUACUAAUAUGUUUUUACAAUUAUAAAAGUUGUAUAUGUUAGUUAAUGCAUAAUUAAAUAACAUGAACUAAACAUAACCAAUAAGAAUAAAUACUGUAAAAGAAUAUUGUUAGUUCAUGAUACCAAAUGCAUUUACUAAUGUUAACAUAUAGAACGUUUUUGCAAAGUGUUACCGAUUUCUUUACAUUUUCUUCUAUUGCAGAGACUUCUGUUUUCUGAAAGUCUCCAGGCAUUGCUUAUUUUUUAAUACAUUUUAAGAUCCUAAACAGCAGAUGUGAGUGUUAAGUGUGAUAUCCAUGCAUACAAAAAAGUUGAAAUAGUUAGAAAAAGCUUUAGCAGGCACUUUGCCAAAGGGUGUAAAACAAUUUAACAUUAUUCUCCUAAACCAAUGCUGUGUUCAUUAUAAUAUAAGAGCUAAGGCUGGUUACUAAAUAGCCUAAUUGCAAAGUUGUUGUAGCAGUGAUGUCAAUAUAAAAUGAAACAUAAGAUAGUUCUUGUUGGAUAUGCUCUGUGCUUCCAAAAUAUUUAUGUAUCAGAUUUGUUCCUAAAAUAUGUGCUUGUUUUUUUUUUUUUUUAAACACUUCAUUCAUUGUAGCACAUUGACUUCCAUACACAUGUAUGUUUCUGAGAGAUACAAUGUGCCUAUUAAUCAUCAUGACUGUUAGAUUACAGAACACUGUAGAAAUCCUUGAAGAAAGUUUCUCUCUGCUUUUUCCAGUUAACCUGACAUAUAGGUCCUUAUAGGACUGUCAUCAGAUUUGUAGGUCUUAUUCUUGUAACGAUACUAAUAACACAAAGACAUAUGAUAUAAAAAGAAACAUACAUUAUUAAAGAUUAUAUAAAUUAAAAUGAUGCCCUAAAAUGACAAUGCAUGACACACUUCAACCUUUUCAUCAAUUUCCCUCCACUGCACGAAGAAUAUACAUGGGUCUGAAGGGAUUAUUAAAUUGAAUUUGAUGCAUGAAUGUGUUUCUCGUGUUUUGAAAAGCAGCUCAAAACAGAAAUUAAUAUUAUAUGGAUCAUUAUUAUUUAUUUAGAGUAGUCUGAAUGGAUGUCAUCCUUGAACACUUUUAGAAAUAUUAUAGUAUUUCUGACUUCAACCAAUGUUUAGAAGUUUGUACUCAUCACCAAUAAAGAGAGGCAAAUUAAUUAUAUAAAGGGACCUCUGAAGUCACAUUAAGGGGUAUUUUUGUAGAUGUCCAGCUUCACCAUGUGUGUAUAUGACUCUUUAAAGGUAGGAGCUGUAUUGGUCAACACCAUAGAUGAAGAAUUGGUCCAGAUGUUCUAUCCUGUAACUUAAGUAGAGGUGUAUUAGCUGUUGCCACUACACUGUAAUACUACUGUGUUUGUAAACACUAAAGUUUGAAUUGGUAAGUCACUUUUUGCACAACACUUUAGAAAUUCUGUUUGCAUAAUGAGGAAUUUAAAAUAUACAAGUCAGAUUUUAAAAAAAUAUUGCCAAAUUAUAAAUGAUCUACUGUACUUUCCACUAGUUUCGAAGUAUUUAUUUUCUGUCAAUUUUAAGGAUUUUUUUUUCGGUAUCUGAUAUUACA